AUGCCGACUCUCACGGCAGAUCAGUUGUGGGCAUUGGCCGUUACAGAGCGAGUAACUUCAGCAAUAUCUAUUGUUGGCAUACUCUUCAUUGUCUCAACAUACCUACUCGCCCCCGGUUUCAACAAGCCGAUCAACCGAUUAAUUUUCUUUGCAUGUUUCGGGAACCUGGGAUCGAAUACCGCGGCAUUGAUAUCUGAAAUCGGGCCUCACGCUGGUGCUCGCACUGCCGUUUGCGAUUUCCAGGCCUUUUUGGUUCAGAUGUUUCUCGGUGUUGACUGCUACUGGGCGUUUUGUAUGGCGAUUAACGUCUACCUGGUCUUCUUCCGCGGAUACACUGUUGAAAAGCUUCGGUCUCUGGACCCUUUCUACCUGCUAGCUUGCUAUGGACUCUCAUUUAUUCCCGCAUUUGCCUUCCUCUUUAUUACGACGCAUGAAAGGGGUCCAAUGUAUGGACCGGCUAUUAUUUGGUGCUGGAUCACCACUGAGUGGGAUUUCAUGCGUAUGGUCUUUCUCUACGGGAUCGUUUGGGCUGCUAUUAUCCUUGCCUUGUACAUCUACAGCCGAGCAGCCAAAGUCGUCUGGGAUAAGCGCGAGAGCCUGGAGGGUUUUAUGAACCCAUUGAAUGAGAACCCACUUUUCAGUGCCAUCGUCAUUGAAGUCGAGGUUACUAGUGAGGAGCGGCCCAUUGUCAACAAGGAAACCGCUACCAAUGUCAGAGUCCGUUCUAGACCAGCAGCACUGAGAAUGAGGAACCUGACUCGACAAGUUGCGCAGAAUGAGGCUGAUCCCGAAGCAUGGCUGUAUGCUCGAGUUGCUUUUCUGUUUUUUAUCGCGCUGCUGAUAACUUGGGUCCCAUCAAGUGCCAAUCGAAUAUAUGCCCUCGUCAACCCAAACUCAGUCAACUUCGGCCUCAACUACGCUGCAUCAUUCGUGUUCCCACUGCAAGCCUUCUGGAACACGGUCGUGUACAUAAUAUCCUCGCAAACGGCCUGCAGGGAGCUUUGGCAGACCAUCACACUGCGAGCCAUCACCAACCCUCCCCUUCGUCGUCACAACACAGACUCACAAAACACGCCAAAAAAGAUCCAAUGGGCAAACCAAAGAGACUCCGUUCAAUCGAGCGGGUCAAUUCAAGUGGCGAGCAGGAGGAACUGCAGGAUUUAG